GAUACGUUUCGUGUUUAUAUCGUCUCGAAGGGGAAAUCAUAAAAGAGUAUAUUUAGACAAGUUAGAUCCCCGGGAUUCUUGAAUUUUUUAGCUUCUCAUAAUGUCCAUGAAGAGCCUUCAGUGACGUAAACUUCUGAGGUUACGUUCACAAGCCUGGAAAUGUGCCGAAAGAUGGAAUACGUAUAAUUUCUUGUCAGUGGAUAUGAGGAAUGUUCGGGGUGCGAAAAAGUUUCCUCUGUUUGCGGUGCUUCGCACAACGAUGAUCUUGGUGAGGGGGGAGUGCCUUCUCUGAGAAGAAAUCUGUGUUUUAAUCAGAAAGAGGAUUGCGGUGGUUCGUCUAACAUUUCGGUGUAUAAACACGGUAACUAGAGCCGAAUUACAAAAUGGCGGCUCUUGGGUUGAGUGUAAUUGUUGUGUUCUUUGUCGCACUUUGCCUGGGAAGCUGUCAGGCAUGUGGAAGAACUAUUUUAACAGAUUUACAAGGAACGAUCACCGAUGGACCUGGUGGAUAUCCCGAUAACAAAUUAUGUGAAUGGCUUAUUAAAGCUCCACGACCAAAUGUUUCUAUCACGUUGAAAUUUCUAGAUUUUGGUACAGAAUGUUCUUAUGAUUAUUUGUUCAUUCAUGAUGGUGACUCAUAUCUGUCUCCCCUUAUUGGAAGCAUCAGUGGAAACAGUUCAUUACACACAGUUGUAUCUCAUUCAGGACAGAUGCUUAUCAAUCUCUAUAGUGACACCAACUACUCCCUCCGCGGCUUUAUUGCUAACUAUACUAUAGAAAACUGUACCGAUGGAUGUUCUGGCAAGGGAACCUGUGAGGAUGGGUUUUGUCAGUGUCAGAAAAAUUGGCGAGGCAAAGCAUGUGACUUGCACACCUGUCCAUUGGCUUGUAACAAUGCAGAAUCUCAUGGCAACUGUGAUUUUUCCCAAGGUCAUUGUGUCUGUAAAAAUGGCUUUAUUGGGGAAUCCUGUUCUGUUUCAACAAUGACUGCAGAUGACUCUAAUAAGUGGUACGCCAUUUCAUCAUCAUCUCCAAUUUUCCAUCCCAGAACAGCACAUUCUGUGGUUUAUUCAGAAGAAAGUGAUGUGUUACUUUCCUUUGGAGGUUAUUCUUUAAGUAGGGUAUUUGAUGACUUGUUACAGUUCAAUUUUACCUCAAUUCAAUUUUACCUCAAGUUAAACUUAAUUAAGACCCCUUUUGUUUUUCUUACAGGUUAUUCUUUAAGUAGGGUAUUUGAUGACUUGUUACAGUUCAAUUUUACCUCAAGUCGGUGGAGCGAGGUGCAAACUGGAUCUUCUAAACCUGUUGGGCGAUUUUCUCACUCUGCGAGCCUGUAUCACGACAGCAUGGUGCUAUUUGGGGGCGAAUUAGAAAAUGGGAACCUAACCAAUGAACUUUGGUUUUACAACAUUACUCUUGGAAAAUGGACAGAGCUGGCUGUGAAUGAUGCUGGAAAGCCACCUCGUUUGGCAGAACAUACAGGGACAAUAGUGGAUGAUGAACUGUAUAUUUUUGGUGGUCGAACUGUUACAGACCCAUUUUCCUCAACCAUGUAUUCAUAUUCUUUAUCCAACCAUAGUGGUUGGAAGAAGGUUUCAUAUAACAGAGGGAAUGAAGCAAAGCUGCGCAUGCUGGGUCACUCGGCAGUUUAUUAUGCAGAUAUGCGCUCUCUUAUCAUUUUUGGUGGAUUUGUUCCCUUUAUUCCAAGGAAAAGUAGUCAAUCCAACAGACUUCUUGCAUUUCAUCUGGAUCUUCGUGUGUGGUCUUCAAUAGAUGUAGAUGUAAAUGGUUUAGUCCCAAGAGGUCGUGCAUUUCACUCUGCAGUGUUGAUUGGGGACUAUAUGAUAAUUUAUGGUGGAAAUGUUCAUGAACAUUACAAUGAAGAGAUUUGUUAUGACAACAAAGCUCUGUUUUACAACCUGAAAUGCAACAAGUGGAUUCCAGCAUCAACAUUUGAUGCUCUUUCUCCUUCUGAUGGAAUUCCUCAACAGGGUCGAUUUUCACAUUCAGCUCUUCUGCGAAAUGGAAGCGUCAUGCUUGUGACUGGUGGCUUUGCUGGGUUGCCACUUGGGGAUGUCUUGGGCUAUAAAUUACCAGUUGCCAUAGCAGCAAAGAGCACUGCAGGUGGACACUGUGGUGGCCAUAGUACACAGAAAAGUUGUCAGGAAGACCCAGAAUGUGGGUGGUGUAGUACAUCAACAGAGUGCCUUAGCAGUGAUCUGUCAGCAAAUUGUUCAGGGAUUCUGUCACAGGGCUCUUGUCGCGAGCCCUGUACUAGUUAUUCACAAUGUAGUAGUUGUCUGUCAUUUGGUGGUUCUCAGUGUGGCUGGUGUGUACAGGACAGUAGGUGUUACCCUAUUAACUCACCAACAGGUGCCUGCCAGAUUGUCACUGACAGCAACAACAGAGAGAAAGUCAGAGGCUGGUGGGGUAAUGAAGGACAAUUUCUCACAUCAUUAAACCAGUGUAAAACAAUGGAUUUUCCACCUGGUCUGAUAGUUGUGGAGUACCGAGAGGUCCCAAACAUUACCUUUCCUGACGCUGUAAGAAUUAUCCCAGAAUCAAAGACGGAAAUUUUACAUCUUACCAUCAGAAGUAACCACUUGAGAGCCCGUGUGACUGAGAUGAUUGGCUUCGUUUAUCCAUUUAAGUUCAAAACAGCACCUUGGACAUCGUACACAUUGUCUCUUGUACUUGAUAAUAUUAAAGAUACAGAAGCAAAGCUUUGGCUGAGCACUGAUGAAACUGAAUCAAAGGUGGAGUUGGUAGCUCACUGUACAAAGUCGGGAACUCAGCAAUGCACAGCUGUAGCUCGGCGUAGUAACAAUCAGCCCCUGUUCCCGUCUCCAUCUGAAGGAAAAAAAUAUUAUCUUAGAGUUGAAGUUGACCAGAGUGUAGACUCUUCUGUGGAUUCUCGUGUUACGCUGAGGUGGAACCGAACAGAUUCCCUAUAUUUAACAGUGCCUAUAACUGCACAGUUCCUCCAGCCAUACGCCAGUUCAAAUGAUAAUUGUUCCGCGCACAAGACUUGUCUGGCCUGCAUGGCAGAUGCAUCAUGUGGAUGGUGUGUGACAGCUUGCCUGUCACGCAGAGCCCCCUCUGGUUUAUGUCAGGACGGUGUUGGAAAUCUAAGAAAUAUUACGUUAAAUGUGACUGAGUGCACCUUGUGUUCUGACCACGUGGACUGUCAAUCUUGUGUGCAGGAUGGUGGUUGUAAGUGGGCCAAAAUAUCAAAUACUCUUGGUUGUUAUCGCAAAGGAAUUACUGAUUCAGGAAACGCUAUUCAGGAGUGCAAUAGCCCUUGUCCAAGUCGCAAAACCUGUAGUAGUUGUGUAAGUGACGAUGUUGGAUGUGCCUGGUGCGACAAAACCCAGAGUUGCUUUGUGUUUGGAACGUACACAUCACGAUAUCCAUUUGGACAGUGCGCUCACUGGAUUGAUAGCGGAGGACAGUGCUCUAACUGCAGUCAGUACGCAGCAUGCAAUGACUGUUUGAAGGACAUAAGAUGUGGUUGGUGUGGCAAUGAUUUUGAUCCACGUAUUGGAAGAUGUUUUGCUGGAGGGUUUAAGUCACCUGACAAUGGCCAGUGUUCUACUCUAUUUCCAACGAACGGAAGCACUGUGUGGUCUUACUCAGAAUGUCCAGAUGUAGACGAGUGUAAGCUGGGCGUGGCUCAGUGUCAUCCUAAUGCAUCGUGUGUGAACUUGCCCGGUUCAUUUAACUGUGUCUGUAACAGAGGUUUCAUCGGGGAUGGUGUAACAGUUUGUAACAAAACUUGCUAUCAUGACUGCGGUGAUCAUGGUGUUUGCAGCGCAGACUUCACGUGUGAUUGUAAUCUGGGCUGGCUUGGUGAAAACUGUUCAAUAGAUUGUGGCUGUAAUGGACACAGCGACUGUUUGAAAGGCGUUGGUAUUUGUGACAAGUGUCAAGAUUACACUUAUGGUACACAUUGCGAGCUCUGCGUUCCCGGAUCAUUUGGUAAUGCAACCACUUCUAAAGGAUGUAACCCAUGUCAGUGUAAUGGUCACGGUGAUCCUGACAAGUAUUUUUGCGACAUGACAACUGGGCAGUGCUAUUGUACUGAUUUCACCAUGGGGUUCAGUUGUGACGAAUGUAUGCAAGGACUCUUGGGAAAUCCAAGGAAUGGUGGCCUGUGUUUCCAUGAAUGUGAACGUCGCAGUAUCCUCAUUAACAUCACGGAAGGUUUCAUUUCAACUGAAAUGGGUGCAGGAGUACAAAACAAGAUGGAAGCCAGCUGUCUUUGGGUAAUCUCUUCACUGAGUAACAGUAGCCAUGAUGUAGUGUAUGGCCCGUCUCCCCCCCCUGUGGAAAAUAGAGGGCACAUCACCCUCACAUUCAGGGAACUUCGCAUCAGUUGUCUCACUGAUCAUGUUGAAGUGUACGAUGGUCUUCCUCCUUUCCUUCUGGACGGUUCGUCGUCCGUCCAGUCAUUUUACCAGCUUGGGUCGUUCUGCGAUUGGAGUAAAAACAAGUUGAGAUCCGUCACGGCCAAUUUGGGGAACAUGGUUGUACUCGUCAAGGUUGAUUUGAGUUCAAAUGCACUGUCCAAGGGUUUUAGUGCGAAGUUUAAAGUCAGGAUGUGCCCAGAUCUCUGUGAUGGAAAUAAGAAAUGUGUGAUGACCUCGCAUGGGGAGCAAUGUGUUUGUUUAGAGGGGUGGACAGGGGACGAUUGUAACCAACAGUUGUGUCCAAACAACUGCAGUUUGUCGCUCGGCCAAGGGCGCUGUAAUCAGAUUGUCGGAAGCUGCGUUUGCUCCAGUGGAUUCGCCGGCCCCGACUGCAGUCAAGUCGUCACUCCUGGUGAUGGGGUGUGGGAGGUCAUUGGUGGACCACACCCUAACAGUAGUACCAAUCGCUUGGCUCGCAUGGGGCACACCAUGGUGCAUGGACCAGGAGUUUUGUUAGUGUACGCUGGUUAUUCCUUUACCUACGGACUGUUGGACGAUCUUUAUAGUUACAAUUUAACCUCCAAUACUUGGUCAAUUGUGGAAGUGAAUCGCAUUGACGCGACAGUUCCCUCUGCUCGAUAUCUUCACUCGGCUGUUUUUCAUACAGACGCUAUGCUGAUUUAUGGAGGAGAAACUGACAAUGGAACUGAUGAUUCCCUAUGGUCAUUUAACACGACAACACUCAGUUGGAAUAAGGGCCAUUCUGCUCUGCUUUACACCACGUCCAGCAAGUCAUUCAUUUUGGUUUUUGGUGGAUAUCGAUUCAGGGUUCACUCAGUGGACGCUUCAGAUGAGCUUUACUCCUUUGAUCUGACAUCAAAGAAAUGGAGCAUUUUGCAGCCUUUGCCGUCCAAUGAGCCGAGUCCGAAAUACUUUCACUCAGCAGUCAUCAGGGAUGAUGUCAUGCUUGUCUACGGAGGAAGGAGUAACACGUCGCAUCAGUUUUUCUCGCGUCAACUUUGGUUAUAUAAUGUUAAAUGCAACUAUUGGCAUCUUCUCUCAGAGAAGAAUUUGGUCGGAAGUAAACCUGACGGGCUUUUGUCUGCUGCUAUGGUUCAAAUUGCUGGCAAAUUUUACCUUUUUGGAGGAUUCCAUGGUCAAACACAGCCAGACCUGUUUAGACUCACUCUUCCUAUUGAUCUGUGCCAAGGGUAUACUUCCAAAGAGAACUGUACUGCAGUUAAGACCUGCAGCUGGUGUGAACUGCAGAAUGUCACGCAAGGGGGCAACGACACCUUACUCACUAAUAACAGUGCGUGCUACUCCGUAACGUCACCUCUACCAGCUAUCUGUCACGCUGAAGCAAAUGUCACGCAGGUCACACUUUACAAUGGUACAGACUGUUCUGACCCUACAGAUCGCGUGUGCAGCUCAUUCUUCUCAUGCAGCAAGUGUCUGGCAUCUUCAAUCUACACAAAUUUAAAUCCAAGCUGUAAGUGGUGUGUUGGUUGUAAUAAGGGUGGGAAAUGCAUUGAAUCGUCUGAAGACUGUAAUGAUGCGCACCCGUGCGCCGGACACUCGCAACAUGCGCUAUUAAACUCGGAUGUCUGCGUUCCGAACAAUUGUGAAGCGACUUCGUGCUCGGCUUGCAUUGACUUGCAAAACCAGUGCGUAUGGACACCGCAGUUAAAAUGGCAAUCUGAGGUUCGAUUGACUUUUUCAAACAAUCCCUAUACAUUCAGUUGGAAUUGCUGGGGAAAUCUGCGGCCCGAAGAUAUCGAAGUUAUCGGUAUUAGGGCUGUGAAAACAAGCUCCUGUCCCCAGCCGUGCACGGCUCACAACAACUGCACCGCCUGCCUGUUUUCAUCAGGUGCCGAUGGCGCUUGGAAGGAAUGUGUCUGGAGUGAAACUUUAGGGAAGUGUUUCUCUCCGUCCGCCCUGCCGCUCAUCUGUUUAGCAGGUCGCUGCGGACGAGUAUUGCGGGGCUCGUCAGCGAACUGUAUGGGAAACUGCAUCGACAACAGUCAAUGCUCCAGUUGCUUGAGUAGUUAUUACUGUGGCUGGUGUGGGGAGUAUGGAACAACAGGAGAAGGGAAAUGCUUUGAGGGAGGAUUGCAAGGUCCUCUGCGCAGUAGUUGCCCAGGAAGAAACGCUUCCAAUUACGUGUCACAAGUAUGGGCCUCCACUUUGUGUCCAUUGGAAAAUGAGUGCCUCAAUGAACGACACACUUGUGACAGGACUACACAGGACUGCGUGGACCUACCAGAGGAGUUCAAGUGUGUUUGUAAAGCGGGUUACAACGACACAGGGAACCCUGGGACUUGUCUUCCAGUUUGUUCUCAAGGCUGCCUUCAAGGCCGUUGUGCCAAGCCCGAUAAGUGCGAAUGUAACUUUGGUUGGACUUCUAUUGACUGCUCUGUCAAAUGCUUGUGUAAUGAGCACGGACAGUGUGCGAAUGAGACACAUCUGGAUGUCUGUCACAGCUGUCAGAACCACACAACGGGUCAAAGCUGUGAGUUCUGUAAACCUCUUUACGUGGGAGAUGCAAGAAACAACGGCAGCUGUGUAUCGUGCUAUGACGCGUGUAACCACCGAGCACAUGUGUGUAUGAGCAAAACCGACCUGGAGCACGGCCGGAAUUUAUCUUGGUCUUUUAAUGAAUCAAAGGUGAAGGAGUGGCUUGAUCAUGGUCCGUACAAGAUUGAAUACGACGAAGAAUGCUUAUGUCAAAACAACAGCGAAGGCCUUCGUUGUGAUUUGUGUGUCACUGGGUUCUUCAACCGUAAAGGCGACUGUGUUAGAUGUUUGUGUAACGGACAUGCAGAUUCUUGUCAUGUUGACGGGAAAUGUUCUUGUAGCAACAAUACAAUGGAAGACUGUCAAAAUGCAGAGGAUUGUUACAAAAAUCAGUGCGUGAAAUGUAAGGAAACCUUUAUGGGCAACCCAGUCGACAAUCAGCAGUGCUACAGAAAAAUCAGCGUCAUGAAGGAGUUUGUGAUUGGUAAAAAAACUUCAGAGACCAGCCAAAAUACAGUGGAACCGUUACCAUAUGGCCAAGCUAUUUUUUACGCUAUAUACCCCAGGUUUACCAACGUGGAUAUCCGCUUGACGAUUGACGUGUUCGAGGGCUCAGUCGAUGUUUUCGUCGCAGAUGAAAACAACGAAUUCACAGUGACUCUUAACGAAACCUCUGGACAUCAUAGAGUGAAUGUCAAGUCAGUUGCCUCGUCAAGACGAAAGAGGCGAGCAUCAGAAGAAGAUGGAGUUGAUAGUUACAGUAGUAAUGACAAGGUAGCCGUAGUGGUAGCAUCAAAUACUCGACUAAAUACUUUCGUUUCUUACCAAGAGAAUCACAAUGCGCUUGUGAUUCGAGAUGUUAGGAAACGCCUUGUGCUGACAUUCCCUCACUUGUCACACUACCUGCGUGACACAAGAUUCUACAUGGUAUUUGUUGGCCGUGAUAGGUCUGGGACCAGAGGCCAGGUUUACUUCCGGCAGGACUUGUCUCAGAUUGAUUUGUUCGUGUUUUUUUCUGUAUUUUUCUCCGCAUUUUUUCUCGUUGUUUCUGUCAGUGUAUUCGGCUGGAAGAUCAAACAGUAUCAUACACGAAGAAGAGUUAUCGAAGUGCGAGAGCAUCAGCUGGAAACAAUGCGAAGCCGGCCAUUUGCGACCUACUCGUUUCUCUGUCAAAUGAAAAAGCCGCAGCCAAGCCUAUGGCGGGUCAAACGUGACAUUGCUACUCUCAUAUUGCGUGACAGCUCAUCGGUCAAAGACAACCAUUUGCGGCUCAGGGACGUAAAAGACCGACCUGUUAUAUCCCCUGUUUGUCAAGAGAAUACUGAAGAUGGGCGCGCAACAGUUACCACAGUAGUGUUUCAACUUCCGGGAAACGAAUGCUCUGAUUUUCAACUGAUGUUAGGUUCUACAUUGAGUGUCGUUACUAAUCAACAUUCAGUUCGUGGUGAGCAUCACAGACGCGAUGGAAGAACAUUUGGUCCGAGAAGAACGGUCACUUUUACUAGUUAAUUAUUUGUAAAUAGAGCAGUAAAUAGUUACAACUGCUUUUAGAAACAGUUGUUCUGUUCUCUUUUGAAUGACUGGGUCGUCACGCAAGGCUUGAUAACCGUUACGUGACCAUCGUUUCCAGAAAUAGUUAGUUACCUUACAACAGUUUUUAGAAACAGUUGUUCUGUUCUCUUUCGAAAGAUUGGGUCGUCACGCAAGGUUUGAGACUUGUUGCAUGACAAUCAAAAUGUUUCGAACAACCUUCUCUCACGUAAUUCCUUUUUAGUCUUUAUGCAUUCAGACGACGUUUCCAGGUAGUUAGAUUAUGAAAUUGUACAGAGAAAAUGAAACGAUUCCGCCCUUUUUGUCGGAAUGAAAAAUACCACGCAUGCAUUCAUAAUGUUCGCGAUAUUUCUCCUUCAGUCCCACUGUUUGUUUUUGUUUUGUUUUUGUUUGUUUUUUUUUGUAAUUUUAGAAAUAUGUGACUGCAUAAAGUAUAAUUUGUCAGAAUGUUACGUAGUAAAAAUAUUCAAGAAUGGCUAGUAAUGAAAUGCUUUAGUGAAAUCUCAGUAGCUUUUAUAUUGAAAUCCCACCCAUCGCUCCUCCCCUUAACAGACCAUUUCCGAAUUACCUUUGGCAUCUUUUUUAAAACGAGGCCUGGUGCUCAUUCGUAUGAAAGUGAGUUUAAUUUG